GGUAGAGGCGCUACAACGACGUGAGGGAGCCAAACUAAACGUCCAUGACCACGAAGAAGAUCGCAGCUCGGUAAACACACGAGAAGAAAAAGAAGAAACCAGAAGAAUAUUGUCGAUGACCGUGAAACGCUACAGAGUUACUGGAGAUCGAUGAACAUGGCACAAUUCCCCAUGCUGGUCAAACAAAACGGUUGCAGGCAGCACUUGGCACUGGUCUCAGAAGCAGCAGAAUGUAAAUGGCUGGGAUGCUGGUGAAGGUUCUCAGUCAUCCAGGAAUUGACAAAGCUCCUCGGAUGAGAAGCAAAAUGUCUUCAAGAAACCAAAGAAGUCAAAUUGCCUUCAAUUGAACCCUUUUGGUUUAAAUGGCUGGGACUUGCAGCUGAGCGAUGUGAACCAAAAGUUCUGUCUAAAUACAUUUUAGCUGACCAAAACCGUUGCAUCUUUAAUCAUAUGUCAUUCUAAAGCAGCAAAUCUUAAUCAGCUCUUGUGCUUUGUUUCUAUUGAAGCUGCCAGCAAAACACGGCUGAAUAAAAGGUGCCCCAACUUCAGGAUCAGCUGUGACUGAUCAGUGUACUUCACUCGAACCACACAUCGGUUCCAUAUGGAUCUGGACAGCAUGAAAACAGAUGUUCAAGAGAUGAUGCUGGUUAAAGAAGAAGCUCUUGAAAAACAGAGUGCUGGUGUUGACCAGCAGGACCCAGAACACAUUAAGGAGGAACAGGAGGAAUUCUGGACCAGUCUGGAGGGAGAACAGCUCCCUUUGAUGGAGGAGACUGAAGCUGCCAGGUUUCCUUGCACUGCUGUUUCUAUAAAGAGUGAGGGUGAUGAAGAUAAACCCCUGUUCUCACAGCUUUAUCUGCAGCAAAUAGAAAACAUACAUAUUCUAACCAGCAGCUCGGCUGAUCAGGUGAGGGCAGAAACUGGUGGAAGUGCAGAUACUAGUGCUAACCCAUAUUUGAUCCCUCAUGAACAGACAUUUGAUUCUUCUGACACUGAAGUUAGUGAAGAUGAUGUGAGUCGAGACUCUGAGCUGUCGGACUCUGGGGCUGAAACUGGAGAUGAAGACGAUGACUGGAAUGAGAGCAGGUCUUCUGAGUCAGACAUUAAGAGUGUCAAAUCCUUUAGCUGCCCUGAGUGUGGUAAACAAUUUCUCCACAAGUUGUCUCUCCAGAAACACGUGAGUGUGACAAGUCACUCAGCAAUAAGGUCACCAGGCUGUUACAUUGAUAAAAAAAAAUUUAAAAUAAAGAAACAUGUCGACUCAUGCAGGAAGGUCCAGACAGAACUAAAGUCAUUCAGUUGUGAUGAAUGUGGAAAAAGAUUUUGUAAAAUAUCAAGUUUAAACACACACAUGAAAGUCCACGUAGGACAGAAGCCUUUUGCUUGUGAGCUCUGCAAACAAAGAUUUAGCGUAAAGUCACAUUUAAACACUCACAUGAGAGUUCACACAGGACAGAAACCUUUUGCCUGUGAGCUCUGUGGACAAAGAUUUUGCCAAAAGGCAAAUUUAAACACACAUAUGAGAAUCCACACAGGACAGAAACCCUUUGUCUGUGAGCUCUGUGGAUUAAGAUGUAGCCGGAAAACGCAUUUAAACACUCACAUGAGAGUCCACACUGGACAGAAACCCUUGGUCUGUGAGAUCUGUGGACAAAGAUUUAGCCAACAGGGAAUUUUAAACACACACAUGAGAAUCCACACGGGACAGAAACCUUUUGCAUGUGAGCUCUGUGGUCAAAGAUUUAGGCAAAAGGCACAUUUAGAAAAUCACAUGAGAGUCCACACAGGACAGAAACCUUUUGCUUGUGAGUUCUGUGGACAAAGAUUUAGCCAAAAGACACAUUUAAACAGUCACAUGACAGUCCACACAGGGCAGAAACCUUUUGCCUGUGAGCUUUGUGAACAAAAAUUUAGCCAAAGGGCUAAUUUAAAUAGUCACAUAAGAGUCCACACAGGACAAAAACCAUUUGCAUGUGAGCUCUGUGAAAAAAGAUUUAGUCGAAAGACACAUUUAAACAGUCACAUGACUGUCCACACAAGACAGAAACCUUUUGCCUGUGAGUUCUGCGGCCAAAGAUUUAGCCGAAAGGCACAUAUAAACUGUCACAUUACUGUCCACACAGGACAGAAACCUUUUGCUUGUGAGCUUUGUGGACAAAGAUUUAGCCAAAAGACACAUUUAAACAAACACAUGAGAGUCCACACAGAACAAAAGCCUUUGAAUGUGAGCGUGUGUGGAGAAAGAUUUGGGUAACAUAAUGUUUAAACACGCAUGAGAAUCCACCCUACAUACAAUAAGCUACAAGAGUACCAAAUGGAACAUAACAGAUAAAGUUUUUGUUUUCGGUUGCAGUUAUUUAUAAGAUUCGCCGGUGCUGAUUUGUUUUCCAUUUCAUUACAAAUUUCUGUAAGAGGUUGUUUUUACAGAAGUGUUGAAUGUUUCAGGUAACCUUACUCAUUCUAGUAAUUAUGUCUUUGAAUAAAUCAUCUUCAUCUUACUCCACCCGCACUUCCUGUUUGAAAAAAGGCUCUAAAAGGAGGUGUUGCCUUAUGGACUAAGAGGGCUGCGCUGCGGCAGCAGAAAUAAACACAGUGUAGCCACAGCAGCCCUGGAGUUCACUGACUGAUACAAGGCUUCCUUCAAACCAGUACCAGCAGGUAAAGAGGGUUAAAUGUCUUGCCCAAGGACACAACAACUGUGACAGACUGAGCAGGGUUCAAACCUGUAACCCUCAGAUUACUGGGCGGGCACUUAGUAACUAAUCAGUUUUUGACACUUGAAAUUGUAAAACCUAAAUUAACUUUUUUAGCUCAUGGCCUGUAUAGACAUGUGUCUAAUGGUGCUGUAGACGUGUGUAAUCAUUAGUGUGGUAGUUUAGUGCAACUUACUUUGAAUUUAAUAUGUCAGCUCAAAACCGUAAUCAUAUCUCCAUCUUCGGGUAAUAAACUCUGCUCCUCAUUUAUUUAGACUCAGCUGUGGUUGAUGGCUAAGCUGAAAAACGUGGCAUCAGCAAAUUACUACGUGGCUGCACUGCACCGGUCUCCAGGUGAGGCAGCCGCACCCCCACCUGGCUCAACCACUCACCUGCCGAUAUGAAACGUUGGCGCUCGCAGGCGCUUGCUUCCUUGAAAAAAAUGCCCUCCUCUCCUUUUCAUCUAAUGAUUGCGGUUAACACAAAAUCCUCCAGGAUGCUGCCGAAUAUGUGUGCAUUUCUCCUAAGCGGUAAGUUUACUGUGUGUGUUUGCGUGCAUGCAUGAGUGCGCACAUGCUUGUUAAUAACUCGUUUUUUGACAGUGCCGCUGUCUCGGUCUGCCAGGUGACACCUCUUUCAUAAGUGAUUUCCUAACAGGAAGCGUGGAUGAAAUAAGUCCCCGCCCAAGCCUUGACACCCACUUUAAGUUCUUCCUUCAAAAGUGGGUUUAAGUGACUGUGUGACUAAAAACUUUUCCAACUUCACUUUGAACAGCACGUGACAGUUUUGUGAAGCAGGUGCCCUAUAGGGGAAGCUCCUUACCUGCUUUAUGGCUGUUAGCUAUUAUGAUAGCAGUUAGCAUUUUCCGUUUGCCAGUCAACCAAAAAAGCACAAGAAGUUGUUUAUGUUUUUGUUGGCAUCAUGGGAGAGCCCGGAAGUAAAAAUAAGUGAAUAAUGUCUUUGGAGGCAAAGCAAAAAGCUAAAACCAGAGUGAACAUUAGCUCAGCCUACUCAGAUGAGGGAGCUGAGAUCACGGACUGAUGGUGACCUGGCAUUGUUGCCACUGGACUUGAAUAAUAAUAUUUUUAGACCAACAGUGUGGAUCUUUUUACUAUGUGGCUGAUUUUAGUAUCAUUUGGCUCAUGUUAGUGUUAGCUCAUUAACUCUAGCUACAAAAGGCUGCUGCAGGGUUGUUUACAACUGUUAAUUCCACUUUCAACCAGUGGGGCGGAGGAGCAAGAAACUAGUGUUACUUUAACUCCUCUUCUGCCAUCUCUGUUGCCCCUAUAACUACUAGUUAUCAGUUCAAGACCAAUCAAUACCCAACUACAUCUAAUGAGCACACGCAGAGGCAUUCAUACAGAUAUAAAAAUUCUGUUUUAAAGGGUACACAUUUUUGUUUCAAAAAGAAAAAUUAUGAAUGUAUUUGGAUUUCACAAUGAAUGUGUAAACUACUCAAAUAAAUAAAAAUCAAAUACAAUAAAUGUAACCAGUAACAAAAUAGAAAUGCAGUUUUUUUAUGUGUUCUUUAUCUAAAUAACAUUUAAUUAUAUGGAGACUGUCGUUUGAUUUGAUUGAUAACAUACUCUGUCUAUCAGGGAUUUAUAUGUUUUAUUGAUGUUAAACUGGAUGGAAACAUGAGAACUGAUUAUUUUAUCUGGUUUCAAGAGUAAGGGUUUUUCGCUAGCUGUUACUACAGCUUUCACAGACACAACUGAUUAUUUACUGUUUACUGGUUCACACAUUCACAAAGAAACUUAUAUAAAAAUGAUGUUUGUAUUUAAAAAUUUCUUGUUGUCGUUUUAAACUUGUGGAACAGUAUUUUAAAUAAAACGUCUGAUUUACAUAGACUUAUUUAAUAUCAAUUGUGGAUUCAUUUCAUAUCUGCAUUUAUUUAAGUGAUCAAAUGACAUAUAAGCUAAAAUGUUGAUGCUUAUAAAAUGUUGGGCAUGGUUUAACUGAGAAAAGGGUGUGGCAUUAUGGAAAUCUAUGAACUAAUAAAUAAACUAGCAUUUGUACUUUCGAAUAACUUACAACUUUUGUUUUUAAAAUCUGAGGGUAUCGGUGUCUCUGUGAAUUUGGGUUAUUUGAUUUAAAACAGUAUUUCUUAAUUUAGGUUUUAGUAUAAAAUUAAUUAAAUUACAAGCCAUGUUAAUAGCAAAAGAAAAAUCUGGUUUAAAAACUAGUUAAUAAAUAAAUAAACAUAAUUGGUAAACAGAGACAAAAAUAAAUCUGUUGUUUUCUCAUGUUCUGUUUUUUAUAUCAUUAAUGGACCCAACAGAACAGACCAGGGGCAAAAAUGGACAUUUUGGACUACAUGUGGUUGCUCACAUGGUAGGCUUUAUUUUCUUGAGCAGUAUAUUUAUUGUCUACGUUAUCUAUACCUUUGAAUGUUGGCCAUCUGUAACACUGUUUAUUUGAGCAAUGGAAAUAAAUAAUUGUUUUGAACUGCA